GCUACUCCUUCUGUCCCUGCUGUGAUUGGUAUAUCUGACACUGUUAUCGAAGAUCGGUUUGGGGUUGAGCAUGGAAGCAGUGAAUGGUUUCAGCUGUUAGAUCAGCAUUUCAAAUGGCUACUUCAAUAUCGAAUUAGUCCAUACUUCUGCAGGUGGGGCAAUGGCAUGAGAGUUUUAACGUACACCUCGCCAUGGCCAGCUGACCAUCCAAAAUCAGAUGAGUAUUUAUCGGACCCUCGUCUUGCGGCAUAUGCUGUACCUUAUGGUCCGUUAGUCCCCUGCGAAGGUACUGCAAAGGACUACUUACGAAGGGAGGUAGAGAUACUAAGGACAAAAAACCAUUGGAGGAAAGCCUACUUCUAUCUAUGGGAUGAGCCUCUCAACGUCGAACAAUAUGAUGCCAUCCGCAGCAUGGCCAGUGAGAUUCAUGCCUAUGCACCUGAUGCUCGUAUUCUGACAACUUACUAUUGCGGACCAAGUGAUGCACCUCUUGCUUCAAAUAACUUUGAGGCUUUUCUGAAAGUUCCCGAGUUCCUACGGCCUCAUACUCAGAUAUAUUGCACAAGUGAAUGGGUAAUAGGUAACAGAGAGGAUCUGGCAAAGGAUAUCAUCGCAGAGAUACAAACAGAAAAUGGUGAGGAGUGGUGGACGUAUGUAUGCUUGGGACCAGGUGAUCCUCAUCCAAACUGGCACUUGGGGAUGCGAGGCACUCAACAUCGUGCUGUGAUGUGGCGUGUGUGGAAGGAAGGUGGAACAGGUUUCUUGUAUUGGGGUGCCAACUGCUAUGAGAAGGCAACAGUUCCCAGUGCUGAGAUUAGGUUCAGGCGUGGACUUCCUCCAGGUGAUGGAGUCCUGUUCUACCCUGGUCAGGUGUUCUCAUCAUCUCAGCAACCUGUUGCUUCACUAAGACUGGAGCGUCUCUUGAGUGGCUUGCAGGAUAUUGAGUACCUCAAGCUAUAUGCUUCAAGAUUUGGUAGGGAUGAAGGACUCAACCUUCUGGAGAAGACAGGAAUGUAUCAAGGCCCUGAGCGUUACACUUCGGAACACACACCAAUAGAUGUAAUGAGGGGUGAGGUUUACAGGACAUGCCGAUCCUAGAUUUGAAUCCUGAGUUUGAUACCCAUCUGUAUUAGUGUUCCACAUCUCAAACAUGUCGGUAUGUACGAUGUACAUUGAUAGUUUUGAUUUUUGAGAACUACUCAGCGGUAUAUAUCUCAAUCAUCUUUGGCAGGUCAAAACAGAGUAUGUUUUAGUCUGUUUGUUCAGAUCUGUUCAUAUUAUCAUGUUGCGUUAUAGUAAAUCGACAGUAUUACUGUACCGUGGUCCGGUAUUUUAAAAGAGAUUAUUGUUGUUUCA